GUCCCUGCUGCCAUCUCCUGGGAUGGAGCCCUAAGGAGCCUUAAAGAGACCCUAUGCUUCCCCCACUUUGGCUGGACUCACAGCCUCCUCCAUGCACUGAAGCCCAGGGCUGUGCAGCAGCCUCUCUCCUUGGACCUCCGCUGGGCCCUGGAGGGACUGGGCAGAGCCCCUGGGACCAUGGUUGGACUGAAGCCUUCAGAGGUGCCUCCCACAACGGCUGUGAAGUUCCUGGGGGCGGGCACAGCGGCCUGCUUUGCUGACCUCCUCACCUUCCCACUGGACACGGCCAAGGUCCGCCUGCAGAUCCAGGGGGAGAACCAGGUGGCCCGGAGCGCACAGUACCGCGGGGUGCUGGGCACCAUCCUGACCAUGGUGCGCACCGAGGGCCCCCGCAGCCCCUACAAAGGGCUGGUCGCCGGCCUGCAGCGCCAGAUGAGCUUCGCCUCCGUCCGCAUCGGCCUCUACGACUCCGUCAAGCAGUUCUACACCCCCAAGGGAUCGGACCACUCCAGCAUCACUACCCGGAUUUUGGCGGGCUGCACCACCGGGGCCAUGGCAGUGACCUGUGCCCAGCCCACGGAUGUGGUGAAGAUCCGAUUUCAGGCCAGCGUGCAAGCUGGGCCCGGGAGCAAUAGGAAGUACAGCGGGACAAUGGAUGCCUACAGGACCAUCGCUAGGGAGGAAGGGGUUCGGGGCCUGUGGAAAGGAACUCUGCCCAACAUCACGAGGAAUGCCAUCAUCAACUGUGCUGAGAUGGUGACCUACGACGUCAUCAAGGAGAAGCUGCUAGACUACCACCUGCUCACCGACAACUUCCCCUGCCACUUCAUCUCUGCCUUUGGAGCUGGCUUCUGUGCCACAGUGGUGGCCUCCCCAGUGGAUGUGGUGAAGACCCGGUAUAUGAACUCACCCCCAGGCCACUACCGCAGCCCCUUCGACUGUAUGCUGAAGAUGGUGACCCAGGAGGGCCCCACAGCCUUCUAUAAGGGAUUUACACCCUCCUUUUUGCGUCUGGGAGCCUGGAAUGUGGUGAUGUUCGUCACCUACGAGCAACUGAAACGGGCCUUGAUGAAAGUCCAGAUGCUACGGGAAUCUCCGUUUUGA